AUGAGUGACAGCGAUGACAGUGACUUCUUUGUUGAUGAUUCUCCCAAAAAGAAGGGACCAUCUAAAAAAACGUCAGCAGAGAAAAAGGUUUCUGCCAAACCAAAACCAUCUAAAGAGAAACAAGAAAAAAUAGUAUCUCCGAUCAACUUUUACUUUCUUUUUGCAGCUGAUAUUUCUGCAACUUUGACGGAAGAGGACAAAAAUGUUUUUACAAAUAUCGACCAAGCUGCAAAAUCUGGAAAGAAACUGGCAAUUGAGGAUAUAUACCAGAAAAAAUCACAGCUUGAGCACAUUCUUCUUCGCCCUGAUACCUAUAUCGGGUCUGUUGAGUAUACCGAGAAAACAUCGAUGUGGGUUUACGACCGAGAGGAAGAAAAACUCGUUAUGAAGGACAUCCAGUAUGUACCUGGCCUGUAUAAGAUUUUUGAUGAAAUACUUGUGAAUGCAGCUGAUAACAAACAGCGCGACCCUAAGAUGAACUGUAUCAAGAUCAACAUUGAUAAAGAGAAGAAUCAGAUCUCGAUAUUCAACAAUGGGAAAGGAAUUCCAGUAGUUCAUCACAAAGUUGAGAAUAUGUAUGUGCCUGAAAUGAUAUUUGGAACUCUGCUUACGUCGUCCAAUUACGAUGACAGUGAAAGAAAAGUCACAGGUGGUCGUAACGGUUACGGUGCGAAGCUGUGCAAUAUAUUCUCAACCGAAUUUACCCUCGAGACAUCAUCGAAAGAAUACGGAAAAGCUUUUAAGCAGACAUGGAUCAACAAUAUGACCAAAGACAAGGAUCCACAAAUCGUCAAGGCUUCAGGAGAUGAUUACACAAAAGUGACAUUCAAGCCUGAUCUUUCCAAAUUCCGGAUGGCAGAGUUAGACGACGACAUAAUUGCUCUAAUGUCUCGUCGUGCUUUUGAUGUUGCUGGUAGUACUAAGGGUGUAAAGGUGUUCCUCAAUGGCAAAGUAUUACCUGUGCAAGGGUUCAAGCAAUAUGUCGAGCAGUACACUAAGGAUAUCACAGGACCAACUGGAGAGCCAGCGAAGGUGAACGAUCGCUGGGAAGUAGCUCUCACUGUAUCGGAGAAGGGCUUUCAACAAGUGUCAUUUGUUAACAGUAUUGCCACUAUGAAAGGAGGUCGUCAUGUGGAUUACGUCGCAGAUCAGAUGGUUUCAAAGUUGAUUGACGUUAUAAAGAAGAAAGUAGGAAAGAGUACUGUGAAUGUGAAGCCAUUCCAAGUGAAGAACCAUAUGUGGGUGUUCGUAAAUUGUUUGAUCGAGAAUCCGACGUUUGAUUCACAAACGAAAGAAACGAUGACCCUACAAUCGAAAUCGUUUGGAUCGAAAUGCGAACUCAGUGAGAAGUUUACCAAACAGGCAAUUAACUGUGGUGUUGUGGACGCUGUGCUUGCAUGGGUAAGAUUCAAGCAACAAGAAGAUAUGAACAAAAAGUGCAGUGGAAAGAAGGCCACAAAACUGAAGGGCAUUCCAAAAUUGGAAGAUGCCAAUGAUGCCGGCACGAAACACUCCCAACUCUGCACAUUAAUACUUACUGAGGGGGAUUCGGCCAAAACUUUGGCUGUUUCUGGCUUGGGCGUGGUAGGACGUGACCGUUACGGGGUAUUUCCACUUCGUGGUAAGCUACUCAACGUUCGAGAAGGAAACAUUAAGCAGGUGGCGGAGAAUGUUGAAAUCAACGCACUGAUAAAGAUAAUCGGUCUGCAAUACAAAAAGAAGUAUGAAACAGAAGAGGAUUUCAAGUCACUGCGUUAUGGAAAAGUUAUGGUGAUGGCCGACCAGGAUCAAGACGGUUCUCAUAUCAAGGGGCUAGUAAUCAACUUCAUUCACCAUAACUGGCCAAGUCUAAUUCAAAGGAAUUUCGUUGAAGAAUUUAUCACUCCCAUUGUGAAGGCCACAAAAGGGAAAGAGGAGCUUUCCUUCUUUUCCAUCCCGGAGUAUAAUGAAUGGAGGAAUAGUACGGAGAACUGGAAAACGUAUAAGAUCAAAUACUACAAAGGUUUAGGUACAUCUACAUCUAAGGAGGCAAAGGAGUAUUUCUCCGAUAUGGUUCGACAUCGCAUUCGCUUUAAAUAUGGGGGUGUUGAAGACGACAAUGCGGUUGACAUGGCGUUUUCUAAAAAGAAGAUCGAAGAAAGAAAAGACUGGUUAACCAAAUGGAUGGCAGAAAAGAAAGAGCGUCGCACACGAGGGUUGGAGGAGGAGUAUCUCUACAACAAAGAUACUCGCGCAGUAACAUUUAGUGAUUUUGUUAAUAAGGAACUGGUUCUAUUCUCAAAUACAGACAAUGAACGUUCGAUUCCUAGUCUCGUCGACGGUUUCAAACCUGGUCAGCGAAAGGUGGUGUUUGCUUGUUUCAAACGUGCAGAUAAGCGUGAAGUGAAGGUAGCUCAGCUGGCGGGUGCUGUUGGUGAACUGUCAGCUUACCACCAUGGUGAAGCCUCAUUGAUGGGCACUAUUAUCAAUUUGGCCCAAGACUUUGUUGGAUCCAACAACGUAAAUUUGUUGUUGCCUAUCGGUCAGUUUGGUACACGUUUACAAGGAGGGAAAGAUAGUGCAUCGCCUCGUUACAUCUUUACACAACUUAGUCCUGUCGCCCGUACGCUUUUCCCUGUCGUUGAUGAUAACAUAUUGCGCUUUUUGUUUGAAGAGAAUCAACGCAUAGAACCUGAGUGGUACUGCCCAGUAAUACCACUAGUUCUGGUUAAUGGCGCUUCAGGUAUCGGGACUGGUUGGUCUACAUCCAUCCAUAACUACAAUCCUCGCGAAAUUUGUGAAAAUAUGCGGAUGCUAAUCCGAGGGGAACAACCUAAGCCUUUAGCUCCGUGGUUCAAAAAUUUCCGUGGGACAAUUGUGCAACUUGAUCCAUCCCGUUAUGUUUGCUCUGGUGAAGUUGCGGUGCUUAGUGAUGAUACAAUUGAAAUCACAGAGCUGCCGAUAAAGACAUGGACACAAACGUACAAGGAGCAAGUGUUGGAACCGAUGCUUGAAUCAAACGACAAGAAACCUGCAAUUAUCAGUGACUUCAAAGAGUACCACACUGACACAACUGUUCGAUUCGUUAUCAAGUUGGCUCCUGGAAAGUUGAGAGAACUUGAGGCUGAGGGGCUGCAUAGGGUGUUCAAAUUGCAAACAGUGCUGAACACUACUUCCAUGGUGCUUUUUGAUGCAAUGGGAUGUUUGCGAAAGUUCAACACGGUGGAAGAGAUUUGCACCGAGUUCUUCGGAACAAGGAAGCAGAAGUACAUUGAGAGAAAAGCGUUCAUGGAAGGCAUGUUGCGAGCGCAGUCAAAUCGUUUAAGUAGUCAGGCACGAUUCAUCCUUGCCAAAAUCAAUGGCGAAAUUUUAAUGGAAAACAAACGAAAAGCCGUCAUAGUGGAUCAGCUUAUCAAGAAAGGCUUUGAACCUGAUCCCGUGAAAAAGUGGAAAGAGCUGCAGAAGAAAAAAGAGUUAGAGCAGAGCGGCGAGUACGAUAUGGCCGAGGAGGAAGAGGAAGCUGAGGUUGGUGAUGGAGCAUAUCUCUUGAAUGCACGAUGCAUGAUUAAUGUAGCUGGUUACAUACCUGAGCUGUCUUCAAAGUUGAAAGGCUUUAAAAUUAAAAAAUAUUUCCAGGAACAAUCCAGUAUGGGUGACAAGGAACUCCAGGGCAAGCUAUCCGACUAUGACUACCUCGUCGGAAUGGCUCUCAUAAAAGUAUCUGAGGAGGAGAAGAACAAACUGCUCAAAGAAAGCGAAGAAAAGUUGAAAGAGCUGCGUGAAUUGGAGUCGAAAUCAUGGGCAGACCUAUGGAACGCUGAUUUAGACGUAUUUUUGGCUGCACUUGAUAAACAGGAAGAAAAAGAAAGAGCGGAUCUGGAGUCGAACAUCAAAAAUGCUGCAAAGAAAUUCACAAAGGAGGAAAAACCGAAAGGGAAAAAGGCGGCUGCAUUUGCUUCGGAGGUGUUUCCGUCAAAGGACGGUAUUCGUGUUGAACCAGGCAUCGACAAGGCGCUCAAAGAAAAAUACGAUAAGUUGAAUGCUGCUGCUGGCAAGGAAAAAAAGCCUAGAGUUCCAAAAGAGCCGAAAGAGCCUAAGAAGCCAAAGAAAGAGAGCGAGGACAUUAAGAAAUUUAUGUCGGUGGGUGGUAAGGGUGAUGCAAGGAGUCCAAAGAAAAAGAAGAGAAAGAACGAGUGGGAUUCUGAUGCUAGUUCAAGUGAAUUUGAUGACUUUGAUGACGUGAGAGCUUUUUAA